AUGUCCUCGGAAGACUCGUACGCUGUACAGAGCGGCCGACAAUCUAGCGACGGUACACCGAGUGAGCAUGCCAAUAGCGACGGAAAUAACACAGCCAUGACCAGUAUCAUGGGUACUGAUGAGGAGCAUCAUCACGAUGAUUCCGACCUCGACGAAGAUGUCGACGAAGACGACAUGAUAUCCAUAUAUCCCGCUUCUCAAUACCCCAGGGUCUCUGCCUCGCACCGCGUAGAGACUCCAUUCUCUCCAGAUUCCCAUGCGAUAGACUCAGACAUGGCUGCAUCGACACGAUCGUUGUGGGCGCAAGACCUUGACUACCGAGAAAUCCACGGCCGGCGCUACUGUCGCGAAUAUUAUAUGCCAAACGACGACAUCGAACAAUGGAGAAUGUCUCUUCAACACCAAGUAUUCAUGCACGUCCUGGACGGUGAACUUACUCUUGUCCCUCUGCAAAACCCCGAGCAUAUUCUCGAUAUUGGCACAGGAACAGGUGAAUGGGCAAUCAAGAUGGCCGAGCUGCAACCCCAGUGUGAAGUUGUCGGAACCGAUAUCGCUGCGAUAGCCGAGACUAAAAGCGUGCCCAUGAACGUCUUCUUCGAAAUUGAAGACGCCGAGGAUUGGGAUCGCCACCCUGAUAUGUACGACCUGAUUCACUUCCGGCUUAUGGAGGGUGCAUUCCGGAACUGGAGCUUCGUCUACGACAAUACGUUCUUUUCUCUCAAGCCUGGUGGCUGGAUUGAGGUUCAAGAUUUUGUGAGCGCGGAGGGCUUUGCACAAUUCUUAUCGCAGUUCCCCGACAACUCUCCCAUGCACGAACUCCUUCGAGACCUCUUGAUCGCCUCGGAAAAGUCGGGGCGUCCACGAGGGAUACAUCAUCUCGAGCCACGGCUGCUCAUGGAGGCAGGCUUUGUUGACGUACGGGUUACGGAAUACUCUAUACCUAUUACCGUUGCCGAGGCAUCUGCUGGCAAGAUCUGGCUUAUUUCGUGUCUAGACAGCUUCGAGGCAUAUUGCUUGCGCUUGUUGACGGAGUACUUGGACUGGGACCCUGAGAAAUGCAAACAGGCUUGUGAAGCUGCUGCCCGAGACUUGGCAAACGCAGCCAAGGACCCCGAGAAGUCGAAGGGUCUUCAGGUCAAGAUGCGCAUUAUCAUUGGCAGAAAACCCCUCGAUGCGGCGCCCACAGAUCUGGCAGAAUUCUUGGGGAGGAGUUACUCGCCAGUAACAGAACUGAACGGCAACAGUCCUGAUCCUACGCUCCGUCCAGAUGACCAAACAACCGCAGGUCUGAGCUGA